CAGCUGACCCUGUCUUAUUACCUUCCUUCCUUCGGCUGAUAUCUGCACUGCAGCCUCGGCUGUCUUUCACCUCCUCCCCACUCAACUGGGCUCAGUACAAUCAUCAAGCUCUGUUCUUUUUCCCUUUUGUUGCAUUCUACUUUAGUAACACUGCUACCUCAGCCGUUGUCCAGCAGUAGAUAUCUCCUCGGAUGAUGCCCUUUUUGUUCUGUUGAAGGUUCAGUCCAUCUCAUCCAAGGCUUCCUCAAAUGGAGAGUGCAAUGAUUUCUUGGUAAAGGAGCCCAAAGGGAAGGGGAGUCAAGAAAGAAUCUUCUGAUUCGGAGGAAAUUGAACAGCUUCCACCGUCACUAGCUGCCCCACUACUUCCUCAAGGAUGCUUCAGCACCCUAAAUCAAAGAUGGUGGGGUGGAACAGCCUAUUCUACCCAAUCGUUGCCUUCGCUUCAUGCUUGGUCUUCAUCUACUUCUCAUUUGGUGACUUUAGCAUCAACUAUAACACCCCAAGGCCUGAGCUUGAUUUUGUCAGAGUAGUGGGGUCACAGUUUGUGGUGGAGGGCAGGCCUUUCUAUGUGAAUGGGUGGAACUCUUACUGGCUCAUGGAUCAAGUGGCUCGAGACCGGGGGACCGGCAAGGUCCGAGCUAUGAUGCGCGCCGGCUCGAAGAUGGGCCUCACCGUGUGCCGAACUUGGGCAUUCAAUGAUGGUGGAUACUAUGCUCUGCAGACAUCCCCUGGUCGUUUUGAUGAGAGAAUCUUCCAGGCUUUGGAUCAAGUUAUUGCAGAAGCAAACCAACAAGGGAUCAGAUUGCUUCUGUGCUUAGUUAAUAACCUGCAAGCAUAUGGUGGGAAAUCUCAGUAUGUCCAGUGGGCGAUGGAGGAAGGCGUCGGUUUGAGCUCUUCCAAUGAUUCCUUCUUCUAUGAUCCUUCCAUCAGGCGAUAUUUCAAGAGUUACGUCAAGACAAUCCUAACACGGAAGAACACUGUCACUGGGGUUGAAUAUAGGGAUGACCCAACCAUCUUUGGUUGGGAAUUGAUCAACGAGCCAAGAUGCAUGACAGAUUCUUCAGGAGAUACUCUUCAUGAUUGGAUUGAAGAGAUGGCAACUUUCAUGAAAUCGAUUGACAAGAACCAUUUAUUGACUGUGGGACUUGAAGGCUUCUAUGGUCCCACUAGCCCCAAGAGACUGACUGUGAAUCCACAACCUGAACUAGGAGAGUGGGCUGCCUUACUCGGGUCUGAUUUCAUUCGAAACUCCAAGCUGUCAACUAUCGAUUUUGCCUCUGCUCAUAUCUACCCAGACCAUUGGUUGAAAGGUAAUAUACAAUUUGAGGAUAAGCUGGAAUACACCUCACUGUGGAUGCAGUCUCACAUUGAAGACGGGGACAAAGAACUGAAGAAGCCUGUCAUGUUCACUGAGUUUGGGUACUCUAACCUGAACAAGGACUAUGAACCAUCUCAGCGGGACCGGUUCUUCAAAGUCGUGUUUGAUGUUAUUUAUGGGUCUGCCAAGAAAAACGGUUCAGGAGCCGGUACUUUCCUGUGGCAGUUAUUGGUGGCAGGAAUGGAGGACUACAACGAUGAUUUUGGUAUGGUCCCGUGGGAGAGACCAUCUAUGUAUCGUAUCAUAACAGAGCAUUCUUGCAGAUUGGCUAGUCUCGGAGGGUCGGCUCAUAUGAAGGGCGAUAUCAAGGACUUAUGCUUGCACAGACGGAUCUGUUAAGGGAAAUAUGGUUUUGGAAGCUCAGGAUAGGUUCAUGGAAACGGUGCUAAGGAUUUGAGAAGGCAUUCGUUUUCGGAGUGAUGACAGGCUGCUUUCCCCGUAAGUCGCAUCGGACUCAGCUGAUCCACUUGUGAAUCUACAUCAAAAUGGAUCAUUUAUAGAGCUUUAUGUUGUGAUUAGGGGAUUUCGUGAUCAGUUGGUACUUCAGUUUUGUGAAUUCUUUUGUACUUUCAGAUUAUGAACCAUAAAUUUAAUUGCACGAAUCUGUUUACUCUCCCGAAAAAAGGGACAUU